AUGGGCCGCCAUCGCGAUCCGCUCUGGAAGUGGUUCGAUGACACGCCGGUCAUGCGCCCGGGCAAGGUCACGGCCUGCGUGACCUGCAAGUUCUGCACCAACUUCGUCUGCGCGGUCACGACGUCGCUCAAGCGCCACCUCGAGAUCUGCCGCAAGCGCGACCCGGCGCUCUUGCCCGACGAGCACCUCCCGCCGGUCGACAUGGCUCACAAGCGCCGCGCCGGUGUCGACGAUGCUGGCAAGGAAGAGGCCUUUGCUCAGCACAGCGCCAAGCGCACCAAGCAAGAGGACACGAGCGCGCCGCAAGCGCCGCUGCAGCAGGCCAAGGCUGAGAAGCUCCUCACCCGCGCCGUCCUCAGCGCGUCCAUGGACCCGUCGGUCUUCCAGCACCCGGCGUUCCUCGCCUUCUUCAAGGUCCUCGCGCCCGACUUUGUCGUGCCGACGCCCGUAGACAUCCACGGACGGCUCCUCGACGCCGAGUACAACACGGAGCUCGAUGCGAUACGGUCGCAGCUUGCGUCUAGCGGCGCCGGCGUGCUCGCGCUGCCGCCUGGCGAGACGUUCCUCACGCUCUUUACGCCGUUCCCGUGCGCGAUCCCGAGCGCCGACGUCCUUGCCAGCGACUCCGCCGAGUCCAUGGCCGUGCACAUCAUUGCCGCCCGACGCCACGCGCGCGCCAUGAUUGCGUCGGCGGCGCCAGCGUUCCUCUCGCCCGCCGACGGCCACGACGGCAGCGACCUCUGGAACCUCACGUCCGCGCUUCCCUUCCUCGCCUUUUGCGCCGACGGCCGGCCGUCCAUGCCGGUGGUCCGGUCGCUGCUCGAGAAGGAAACCGCGCCGGACGCAUUUGAGUUUACCUACGGCGACAUUGCUGCGGCGCUCCACGCUGUCUGCCGCGACGUCUGCGCGCUGCCAGGGCCCAAGCAGCAGCUCAAGAAGGCGCUUGCGCUGCUCCACUGCCUCCACGACCCGGCGCUAGCCUCGCUUUUCGAGAACACGUGCCAGCACGUCCUGCGCGACGACGUGUCGCUGCCGGCGAUCUUCCGCCCCGAGUCCUUUGCCUCGAUUGUCGACAUGCUGACGUCACUGGACCGGCUCCGGAGCGUCAUCACGGCGCUGCCGGCUGCGAUCGCCAACAAUGACGCGUCGAGCGUUCGGUUGGACCCGGCUAUGAUGGGCAUCAUCCACGACGUUGGCUUCUGGAAGGCGAGCAAGGCGCUCUUGGCCGUGCUCUCGCCGCUCCACGCAGCGAUUGCCUACCUCCAGAGCUCGGAAGCGACCUUCUCGGCCAUCUACGCCGUGUUUUUGCAUUUGAAAAUGGCCUUUCUCGAGAUGCCAAGUACCAUCUACGAGGCGUGCGGGCUCGUCUCGACGCUGCACCACGAGUAUCCCCGCGCCUUGACCGACAUCCUCACGCACCAUAUCGCGGUCAUCUACUCGCCCGUGCACGCGCUCGCCUUCCGCGUCGACCCGUUCUUUGACCAGCUGCGCGCGGUCGUCGUCGAGCGGUUUGGCGCGUCGAUGCUCGAUCUCAACCACGAGCUUCUGAGCGAGUGCCGGCGCGGGCUCUCGCUGCUCUGCCGCAAGUCGCGGGCGCUCGAAGCCAAGGCGCUCUCCCAGUUUUGUCUCUACUGCGCCCGGACCAACGCGACCACCGAUGUGUUUGCGAUGACCAAGACGAUGCUGCCCAACUGCAUUUGGGGCCAAGCGACCGGGCAGUUCCCCGACUUGUCCCAACUGCUCGUCAACGUCUUUGCGUGCCCCGCGACUGCGUCCCGUCGCCGCAUUCGCACCUCGAGUUGCACAAGCCAGAAGGAAAAGGUUGCGCUGCUUGCGUGGAACCAAGUCCACCGGCAAGAGAAGCAGCACGUCUUGUACCGAGACUCGGCGUUCGCCAAGGUGCUCGCUCGGGACCCGAACGCGCCGCCACUGCCGCCGACAAGUGCGUCCGAAGACGCGAGCGACGAUGAACCGUCGCGACUGAGCGUCUUGCUCUCGUCAUUGACGGCGCUGCACCCCGACAACAUCCCUGACACGUGGGUCUUUGGCGCUCACGCCAACAACGCCAUGCGCCAGCUCUCGGAGAUGGCCUACGGCACAACAACCGUCUAA